GACGAAACAGGCGCGAGACCGCGAGCGAGCGUCGUCUGCUUGGUGUUCGCGUAGCAGACGACUUUUGGUUCCAAGUCAGCGUGGUCUUGUGCGGGAAGAUUCUGGUAAAGCGAUACGCCCACGUGCUGUGCCUUCUGCUUCGAAAUAUAUUUUGUGUUCCCGUGCUGUCUGGACCGUUUUAGUGUUCGCGAGUACUUGUGAUCCCUGAAGUGCGCAACGAUGACAAUGAAGCAACGGGCGUUUAUUGGGGCAGUCUGCGCAUUUAUGGUGGAACUGUGAAUUCGUUGGUCGUCAGGAUAAUAUUAGUGGAAUAGUACAAAAAAAAUGGGCUGUUGUGCUUCAGCAUUUUAUUCGGGUUCUUACGUGACCCGCGAAGAUGGUUUGUCAACAGAUGACACAACUAUUAAGGAAAAGCAGGGACAUUCCAAGGAAGGUGGAAAGCCCGCUAAGCAACCAGGAAAAGCCCCGCCUCCGCGUCCUCCUAGGCCAUCUUCUAAAGUAGAGGAUGUACCGAAACAGGAAGAGAAAGAACAUGCUUCCCAGCCUACUCCGGGCCAAAUCGCCGCAACAGUUGCGGCGGAACUCAUCGAGAAAGCCAUCUCCGGUGAGAAGGCGCCCACACCUGAGAAAGACGCGGUGAAGAGCGAGAAGCCAACAGAAACCAAGCCAGAACCAGUGUCUGAGCCUCCACCAGCUUACCAGCCUGUAGUAGACGUUCUAAAAUCAUCUGCUGAGACUGUAGCUCGCGAAGCUUCGGAGGCCAUUCAGAAAGCUCUCACCAGCGAGAAGCCGGUUGUGGAACCACCGAAACCAACCGAGGAAGAAAAACUACCGGAGCCUCCACCAGCGCCUUACCAACCGGUAGUGGAUGUGUUGAGGACUUCUGGUGAAGUUGCAGCCAGUGUUGCUGGUGAGAUCUUUGAAAAGGUCGCGAACCUCGCUGAUGAUAAGCCAAAAGAAGCUGAAGAACAGAAGAAACUUGAACCUGUCCAGGAAGCCAAACCCGCUGAACCAGAGCAGAGGCCUUUCAUCGAUGUAGUGAGAGACACCGCGAGCGAAUUCACGUCGAACGUCGUGUCCGGAGUCACUGGAAGUUUUUCUACUGAAAAGAGCGAGGCUCCGUCCCAGGCACCUAAAGAACCUCCAAAGGAAGCCCCACCUCCCCCACCAGAGUACGAACCGGACCAAGAGCCUCAACAACCACUCCUGGACGUUUUGAAGUCGACGGCAACAAUAGCUGCAUCCGGCUUCUUUGACAAAUUGGCGUCUAACGAAGAGGGUUCCCAGAACCAGGAGGAAAAGAAGGAUGUUGAAGAAAAGCCAAAGGAGCACGACGACGCUCCAAUCGUGGAUGUCCUGAAGUCCUCAACGAGAGCAGCAGUUAGCUUUGCAUCUGGCCUGCUAGAUGACACCCCUCCGACCGACGAGCCGAAAACGGACAGUGAGCUGGAGAAAGGAGCAUCGGAAGUCAAACAAGAAACAAAUGAUUCGGAACAUCCAGGUGUGCCUCAGCGCGUGGUCGAGAUGGCGAGAGCUGAAGCUGAAGCUGUCGCCGCGAAAAUCGUAGAGGAAGUAAAGGCGAUAGCCGAAGAACGGGUUCAGCAAAUCAUGGCUGGCAAAGAAAAUGCUGAGGACUCUACUCGUCAUCUUAGUGUCCCUGACGCAGAGAAACGGCACCAUGAUGACGAGCGCGAUAGAAGCCCCACGCCUAACGAGAUUGAAUCUGCUGUAGUGAAGAUUCAGGCUGGAGUACGCGGCUACCUGACGAGGAAAAUGCUUCAUGAAAAGUCGCCGCAGCAUCAUGAUGACGAGGCGUCCCACAACGGUAGCCACGAACACCCUUCUGCUCCAAAGACCACAGUCUCCGACAGUUCCAACCUAGUCAAGGAAAACCACAACAGCCGUCUCCAAGGUAGUCAAGAGGGAAACGCCGAAGAACAGCACGGAAGCUUCAUCAGCAGGAUGUCUGAACGUGUUGUCGAUGAGCUGUCACACUUGGACCCACACUAUACUGAGAUGGCCGCCACCAAGAUACAAGCUGCCUUCCGCGGGUAUAGGGUUCGGAAGGAGAUGAAACCCGACAACGGGCCGCACGCGUUACACAAGAGCGAAGUCUCUCACUAAGGCCUGUUUCACACGAACGCUUUCCUCGUCCGCGUUUUUAACGGGGGCAAAACGGACCCGUCGGAACCUACGGGUCUCGAUUGCCCUUAGUUUCUAUUUUUGAAGCAGACGGACGACAAAAACGGACGUGUGGAAGAGCCCUAAGGGUGUCUCCCGUUGUUGAUGGAGAAAAGUUAACGGGAAACGGGGAACAAUAUGGUGCUGACUGUGUUUUUUGGUCUGGAAUGCUGUUCUUGUAGGGUAGGUAGGACAAGAUAAUACUAAAACGAACAAAAAUGUUAUCAAUAGCUACCAUUUAACGCACGAAGUGAAGGGAAGCCCAUGACGAAGCCUCACAACGGGAAAUGGGUGGUAUAGGGGAUGCUAUCGUCCAACCUUUGGGUAGAUUAUGCAACAGCUGCUCUCAGAAUGUCUCCGUUGGUCGUCUCUUAUCAAAAGCCGGUCUGGGCGCAUAGUGCAGCGUAGAAAAGGUUGAACAUUUGAUAGCGGUCCCAGCAACGCAUACUAAAUUUACGAAACGUGCAUGGCUUGAUAUCCCGGAAACCCCUUGUUCAGAGUGCCAGUGCCUUGUGUACAUGGUAGCCUGCUGUCCUCAAAUAUUUUCAAGGCACAUGACAGAAACAAAAACCCCGAGACAGAGGAACACACAGAAACGACACAACAGGUUCGAGAAUCUGGUGUGUGUGUUCCUACCUCGUGGUUUUCGUUUCUAUCAUGGUUCACCAGGUAGCCUGCAUUUUCUUCUUCGUGCACUGUUUCCGAGGUCCUCGAUCUGAAGGUUUCUAUACAAAGCGGGAAUUGCAACCCAUAUAACGUGUAACUUCUUCACAGUAGAGAUCUACGUGAAGUAUUAAUAUAGUUUAGCACUAUUACUAUUCAAACUCAAAAAAGGCUUAGUGAAACACCCAAGCUGUCUCAGUGGAUACAUGCCUGGUGCAGUGGCGAGGUCGGAAUAUACCUGCUUCCCUACUUUUAAUAGAGUAAGACAAGUCCUCUAACGGACUCACUUGUUUUAGUCCCCAAGUAGGAAGGUUACAAACAAAACCUAGUCAGUGAUGCUCAUGAGAAUUUUUUUGACAAUUUUAUGUUCUACGUAAGCAAGGGGCAUUCAGUAUCUGCUACACGGAUUAGGUGAACGAUACAUAUAUUCAAAACGUCAAGUUAUGCAUGAAUGUUUCGGGCGCACUAACAUAGGAGUUCUAAGCACCGUUUGCGACAUUUAUCUGAAAUCUUGAGCCACUACCCCUACUGGCAAUGUCGCCCGGGAAAGGUAAUUUUGAGAUGAGGCCCAUACGAAAUACGCAGUCGAAGAUGACGAAGACAGGUGGUGGUGGUCAGGGCCGCGCCGUACAGACCGUUUCCCGCCUGCCUACGGCAAGCAGUCCAACCACCACGACCACCAUAGAGGUCUGGCCUACGCUUUCGGUAGGCGAAACAGCCAGUAGGAGACACUUGCGCUGCGGUCGAGAUUUCAGACAAGAGUGUAGCAAGUAGUACAUUAAUUUCAUUUCAUACAGUCUAUGAUACGUAGUUCAAAAGAAAGGUAACCAAAAGAUUAAUUUCACUUUAAAGACAUUUAAUCACGCCAUGGCCGACGGCAAGUGAUGAUUUAUAUUGAUAAGUGAAGCGCCCCGAUAGUUGCUCUUUCUGUAUUUUUGACAUCGCAGUUGCAGAACACCAGACACUGCUAUAGAAUUGAGAGUGCAACAGAAGUAAUGAACUUCAAAGGAAGCCUUUGACUCGUGUGCCUUAAAACUGACAUGUACAUAGCCGUUAUUUACACGCGCAGUGUGACAUUUCUUACCUCAAAUUCUUGUAGCACAAUUGCAACGCAAAUGCUACUUCAUUUUUAUAGCUUCUUUCUCUGUGUUUGGGAGUUAGGGAACUUCCUGCGUAUACUGAGCUUUAUUAAGAGUGACUUUGAUAAUGCGUGUGCGUUUCUACCGCGCACUGAAAAACGUCCGUUUGUGCUUUUCUAAAUAAAUAUAUUUUACAGAUUGUCAA